AUGGCGGCUGCAGAACACGCGGUAACCAUUCACGAUGAAAGGACCAUGGAGCUUCCUCUACUUCCACCGAACCAGGCGCUCGAGGCCCUAAAAGAUGUCUUUUGUGGAUCGGCUGCAGGAAUGGCCGGCAAGGUCAUUGAAUACCCAUUCGACACCGUGAAGGUCCGGCUUCAAUCGCAACCAGAUCAUCUGCCCCUCCGGUAUACGGGGCCAUUGGAUUGUUUCCGCCAAUCGAUCCGAACGGAUGGGAUUCGAGGACUCUACAGAGGAAUCAACGCCCCUUUACUAGGAGCUGCGGUCGAGAAUAGCUGUCUUUUCUUCAGCUAUCGUAUGUUCCAGGAUAUUCUGAGGUCAACCUGGUAUUCUUCGACAACCGAAGAUCUACCGUUCUCCGCGCUUCUGGUCAGCGGUGCAGCAUCCGGAUCGAUUACAUCGCUUGCCCUUACUCCGAUUGAGCUGGUCAAAUGCAAGAUGCAGGUCCCUGUUAAUGGCGCCGCUCGUGCGGCCCCAGGUACAUUGUCCAUUAUAGCAUCUAUUUUCCGUCACGAUGGAAUAUUAGGGUUCUGGCGAGGCCAGCUGGGCACGUUCAUCCGUGAAACAGGAGGCGGCGCUGCCUGGUUUGGAGGAUACGAGGGAGUUUCGGGACUUUUCCGGAUGCGCGCUGCAUCAAAGAGACAAAGCACAUCCGAGCCAGUGACCUUACCGAUAUAUCAACAAAUGAUUGCAGGAGCAGCAGGCGGCAUCAGCUACAACUUCCUAUUCUAUCCAGCCGACACCAUCAAAUCGCGGAUGCAAACCGAAGACGUUGUCCGGCCCGGGCAUGGUGGAAGGCAGACCUUCUUGAGUGUUGGCAAGACUAUGUGGCAGCAACAGGGCUUGAGAGCUCUGUACCGGGGCUGCGGGAUAACCUGCGCACGUUCAGCUCCCAGUUCUGCCUUUAUUUUCUCCGUCUAUGAAGCCCUGCGGGGAUUCUUCUCAUGA